CCGGGGGGGUGGGGACACAGAGAGAGACUGCCCGCCCCCGGGGUGAAGGGGCAGAUAAGCAGACACUGUUGCCCGGUGUUAGGGGAGUCGGUACCAGGCUCUAUGGCUAUGCUGGGCCCCGGUGGAAAGGCCUUCCUUCACAUCGUGCUGCUGUGCGGCCUGUGUCUCUCGGUGCUCUCCAGCGGCCUGCUGGACCGGGUCUACACCGAGCUCGGUUACGGGCACUACGCCGAGCGGCCUGUCAGCUGGCUGCCCCGCUUCCUGGCCAUGCCGUGUAACUGCCUGGUUAACCUGGGCUACAUGGGGCUGGGGGCCUACUGGCUGCGGAGAGAGUCAGCCCCGAGCCGGGGGCAGGCCUACCGUAAGGCGGUCUUCGCCUGGAUGGCUGUGGUGUACGGCCCGGUGCAGUGGGUACGGCUCAGCAGCCAGGCCCAGCGGGCGGCCGUCCUCGAUCAGUGGCUCACGCUGCCCAUCUUCGCCUGGGUACCGGCCUGGGUGACCCAGUUACUGAGGGUGCGGGGGGCCCUCUCCCCGGACUGGGCCUGGGCCUCGUCCCCGUUGCUCACGCAGGCCGCCUCGGUGUGCAGUUACGGCUUGGCGCUGGCCCACCGCCGGGGCUUCGAGCUGGCGCUGGGAAUUCACGUGGCGGCGGCCGUCGUGUCCGGCCUGGCGGCUCAGUCAGUGCUGGGUGACCGGGCCUCCCGCCGGCACCUGGUGCUGGCCAUCGCCUCCUGCUGCGGCUUCGUGGGCCUGAAGCUGCUGGACCAGCCCCUGGCCGCCUGGGGCCUCCUGCCCCAGCCCCUGUCCGGACACUCGUGCUCCAAGGUCUGCGACAUCCUGCAGUUCCACCACAGCUUCUGCUUCCUGGAGAUCCUGGCCCGGCACAAGGAGGAGAAACUGCGUCCGCGUGGCGCCGGGAGCGUCCGCCCCGCACCUUGAUGGCAACUCGUGUUGCUGGAAAAGCUCAGCAGGUCUGGCAGCAUCUGUGAAGGAAAAAGAAAAUCAGAGUUAACGUUUCGGGUCCGGUGACCCUUCCUCAGAACUCAACCAGACAGCCUGGUCGCCCAGGCAAUCCUGGUCCAUUGAGCACACCACCACCCCCUCCCCCCAACACACACA